AUGAAGCUGCCCUGCGGCUUCUUCCUCCUGUGGCUUGGCCUGGCGGGCAGCCUGGCUCAGAGCGACCCCAGCCCCAAGGGAGAGGAGUCUUACUCGGACUGGGGCCUGCGGCACCUGCGGGGCAGUUUCGAGUCGGUCAACAGCUACGUGGAUUCCUUCAUGGAGCUGCUGGGAGGCAAGAACGGAGUCUGUCAGUACCGGUGCCGAUAUGGAAAGGCGCCGAUGCCCAGACCUGGCUACAAACCUCAGGAGCCCAAUGGUUGCGGUUCCUAUUUCCUGGGCAUCAAGGUACCAGGAAGUAUGGACCUGGGCAUCCCGGCGAUGACCAAGUGCUGCAACCAGCUGGACGUCUGCUAUGACACCUGCGGUGCCAACAAAUACCGCUGCGAUGCGAAAUUCCGAUGGUGUCUCCACUCCAUCUGCUCUGACCUCAAGCGGAGCCUGGGCUUCGUCUCCAACGUGGAAGCAGCCUGUGACUCUCUGGCCGACACCGUGUUCAACACCGUGUGGACCCUGGGCUGCCGACCCUUUAUGAACAGUCAGCGGGCAGCUUGCAUCUGUGCAGAGGAGGAGAAAGAAGAGUUAUGAAGACGCGAUUCUCCUGGGCUUUGAGUGAUACUACGGCUCCACUUCAGGGAUGGCGGUGGACAGAGGGGCCGUCCUUUCUUCCAACCCUUUGGAGACUACGGGCUGGAGAAGGGAGACAGCAAGCCUCGUCCUUUGAGGAAAGCUAAGAAAAAAGGGAUGCAGAGGCUGAAGACUGUCCACUCUAACACUGCUCUCCCAGUCAAGACUCAUGAGCCUGGAAAUUCAGUUCUCAGAACCGCAAGCAGAUACCUUCCGAUCACAAUAGUCACAAGUGAAAUCUGGGGGAGCCCAAACAUUUGGGAGACAAUGACUUUCCUCUGGCCCAUGUUUCAGUCGCCAGUGAGCACCUCACAUUUAAUAAAGUGCACUUUUUAGAAAACGU